AUGGAUAAUAGAUAAUGUGAACAGAAACCAUCAGUACUAAGUUAUUCUUCUUUCGAUUCCUAUGUCAUUCAAGAUGAACAUGAUGGAAAUCUUAGUAUUCAUCAAUUAAAAGAAAAGCCAUUUUUUAGUUUUUAAGAAGCAAAGGAUUAAAAUGGAGAAACUAACUUAAAUGUUAAUGGUAAAAAUAAUCAACACAAAUAAAAAUAACCAUAUGAAACAGUAUUUACUAAAAAUAUUAUAGAUUUAGGAUUCACUCUAUACUGAGGAGAAAUUAGAAUUGCCCUGUUAACAACUCAGAUAAAUCCCUAAAUUACAAUAAAAUUUUGUCAACAUAAAGUUAUUGAACUUAUCCUAAAACUAAUUAACAACUGUACCACCUUAGAUAAUGUAAUUUUUGUUUAUUUCUUAAUAUUUAUAGGCGCAUGACAAAUUUGCAAAAGUUGAUCUUGAGCAGCAAUUAAAUUAAUGUCUUACCAAUAUUUUUGCAAACCUUGAAAUACUUAGAAUAUCUAGACAUGCAAGACAAUCUAAUCAAGGUCUUUAAUGUCAAUCCUCCAGAACUUAAAUAUCUGAACUUAUCAAAUAAUUAUAUAGAGUAACUGUAUUUUCCUAACUUGGAACAUUUAUGCAUCUAGAUGAAUUGUUUUACCUUAAUACCCAAGGGAUUUCAUAAAGUACUUUAUGGGAUGCAAUAUUUUGAAUUCGAUUGGUUUAAGUAUUGCAAACCAGCAUUGCCAAUGAAGAUUAACUUUGAGAAGUACCAGCAUAUAAAGGAUAAGUUGAUAUCUAUUUUACAAACUACAAGCCUUAAUUUCUAAAGUUUUGUUAAAUUGUUGAGUCUUUCUGAGCCUAACUUCUCUCAGACUGAUUAUAAGUACAAUAAAUACUAUUUUCUAGAUACAGAAAUCUAUUUUUUUAGGCAGGAUCCUCUAAUGAAAUUGGUAUUCUUCAUAGUUUAACUUAAAUAAUACCAGAACAUAUUAAUAGUUUAGAUUUUGAUCAAAAUACUCCUUUGAGUGCUUGUUACAUUGAAGGUAAAACGAGGUAAUAAUACACUUUAAUAAAGAUCAGUCAAAGUAUUAAGAAGUCUGGGUGGUAAAUUUGCUCCUUAAACAAUUCAUGUUAUUUGUUAAAGAGUAGAUUUAGCCUUUUUCAAAAUGAUUUUAAAUCUCAAUGAAGAAGAUAAUUCGAUAACAUAACAUACUGAUUUGAAUUUAAUUAAUUUUAGAAACAUUGAUGGCAAUACACCUCUACACCAAUUGUUCAUGAAUUAUUCCAAGAAUCCAGAUGCCAAAGAAAUGGCCAAUCUCCUCUUAUUAUUAGAUGCUGAUCCAAACAGCGAAAACAAUGAAGGUUGGACUCCUUUGGAUUUGGCUGUCAGGAAAGCUUAAAUUAGUGCAAUUUAAUAUGCAGUUGAAUACAAUAAGAAAUUAUAUCAUUUAAGAUCGCAUCAGUAACUAUUUGAUUUCGAGAAAAAAUCUGGUAUAAGUGAAUGGUCUUUGAGCCAUGUAGCUGCAAGUGUUGGUAAUAUUGAAAUAUUGGAAUUGCUCAGUCAGGUAUUUAGAAUAUAUAUAAAAGAUUAAUAUAGACUUAUUUUAAGUAAGUAAGUGUAAUAGAUUACCAAGAAAUUUGGCAAUACAAAGUUUAACUAUGUUAAAGAAUAUGAGGAAAUUGGAAAAAAGAUAGAUCAUUAGAAAUGUAUUGCAUGAAACCGUUUCAGUGUCAUAGACAGAAAAAAAUGUAUAUCAAAUGAAAAAUUAAAUUGAAAAAAACAUGAAUAAGAAACAUAUGAAUAUUGCCUAAAAAUUAAUUGAAAAUGAUGAUGAUAAUUUUGAUCUGGACGACAACUCUUUAAGAAUAGCUAGUGAAAGCUCGAUAAAGGAUAUCGCAAGCGAAUCAGCCCCUAUAUUUUAAAGAUUAGCCAAUAAAGAAAUUACAAGAAUGCAGUUAGAAAAAUAAAACAUGUCCACUUUAGAUACUACAGAUUUUGCAGAUCAUAUGCCUGAAAUAUAAAAACUAUUGAGAAAUCACAACUAUGAAAUUGCUCUUCAAAAACUCAAAUAUGCUUUAUUGAGUGAUAUGCUUCCCUUGUCCGAAAGAUUAAAAUAUAAAGAUUACCUACAAGUGAUAUAGUUUAAAAUGAAAUAUUCAAAAGUGGAAAUGCAAUAAUACUUAAGAAAUAGUCUGAAUCUAAAUUUAAGUGAAUUUCAAUUCAAAGGAAUUCCUUCAGAUUAAAAAUGUAUAAAUUAAACUUAUUAAAGCCAAAAUUAUCAAAGAAUUAAUUAACGUUAUUAAAGAUCAAUCAAAAAAUGAGGCCUCCAAAAUUUCAUUUCAUAUUGAAAAAAUGCAACUUGUUUGUCAGAAUCCUUUGUUGCAUUAAGAACUGCUCGCAAAAGAUUUAACAACCAUUAAUGAAUUGAGACAACGAUUGAGCAAUAAUCUUAUUUAUGAUAUUGCUAAUUAUGCAGAAUCAAUAUUUUAGUUGAAUGACUAAAUUUAUUAUUGGAUUAAUACGAGUUCAGGAAGAUGCGAGAAGAUCUUAACAAAGUCAAACAUCCCAAAUAUUAUUAAUUACGAAUGCUUGUAGAAGAUGAAAUUCAUCAAGAAAAUUAAACCAAGAGAAAAAGACUAUGAUAAUAUUGAACAAGAUAUGAUCGAACCGGAAUCAUCCAUAUCUUCAUAUCAAUAAUUUACUUACAUUAUCACGCCAUUUCAAAAUAGCAAAAGAUUCUGA